AUGAAUCAUGAACCAUGCCUGCGCAUUCGAAUAUCAUCAUACCUAACGAGGCGCUUCUUCACCAAGCCUGCCCGGUUAGCUCAAUCGGUAGAGCGUGAGACUCUUAAGAUUCUCGUGGGAACAAACACAGAUCAAAGACAUCUCAAGGUUGCGGGUUCGACCCCCGCAUCGGGCUCAAUUCCUGAUGCUUCUCAUUAA